AUGGAGUUCUGGUGUGGGGCGCCGGCCGGCAGGCACAGCCCCCCGCGCCCCCGGACGUCCGCCCUUGCCCACGCCGGGCUCCUGCUGAUGCUACUGCUGUUACUGCUGCUGCUGCAGCCCUCGGGUUGCUUGGGCGCUGGCGAAGUGCCGGGGGCACUGUCCACGGAUGCCCCUGCCGACCUUGGCGCCCCCUGUGCCCCCAGUGCCACCUGUCCCUCGGGCGGACGUCGCUUCCCCCGGCAGGCCGCCACUAGCCAGCCGCCCAGGACCCUGCAGUACUCUGCUUCUAAAGCCGACGAGGAUGAGUUCCUUCCCCCCUGUGGCUUCUCCUAUGAGCGGGACCCCACCCUCAGGGAUCCGGAGGCCAUGGCUCGGUGGUGGCCAUGGAUGGUCAGUGUGCGGGCCAAUGGCACACAUAUCUGUGCAGGCACCCUCAUUGCCUCCGAGUGGGUGCUGACCGUGGCCCACUGCAUGAUCCAGAGUGAUGUUACCUAUUCAGUGCGGGUGGGGAGUCCAUGGGUUGACCAGAUAUCCAACUCUACUGUUGACAUCCUGGCACAGCAGGUCAUCGUGAACAGCCAUUAUCGGUCCCAUCGGUACUGGUCCUGGGUCGGCCGGGCCAAUGACAUUGCCCUCCUUAAGCUUGAGCGGCCACUCAAGUACAACAAGUAUGUCUGGCCCAUCUGCCUGCCUGGCUUGGACUAUACACUAAAGGACUAUGCCCUCUGCACUGUGACAGGCUGAGGACUCCCCAGGGUUGAUGGUGUGUGGCCCCAGUUCAGGACCAUCCAGGAGAAGGAAGUCACUAUCCUGAACAGCACGGAGUGUGAAAGCGUCUACCACAGGUUCUCCAAAAUCCCCUCUCUGAUUCAGAUCAUCAACUCCCAGAUGAUUUGUGCAAAGGAUCAACAAGAACAGUUUUGCUAUGAGAUAAGUGGUGAGCCCUUGGCCUGUCCUGUGGAGAGCAUAUGGUACCUGGUGGGAAUGGUGAGCUGGGGCCCAGGCUGCAAGAAGAGCAAGGCCCUGCCCAUCUACCUAUACAUCUCCUCCUACCAGCAGUGGGAACACCUCAACGGGCAGACUCUGCCAGCCCCAUCCAGGGCCCUGCUCCUGGCACUCCUGCUGCCCCUCAACCUCCUUGCUGUCCUCUGA